UCCGCCCUGCCGCGCCCCUCCCACAACACCCCGCGGGCCGCGUCUUUCUCCUCCUCUUCCCGGCCGCGGCGUCCUGCAGUGUCCGUGCCGCGAGCGUCGGUACAGGUCGACGGCGAGCGACCACGCUCCUGCGCCGCCUCAGGCAUGUUGAACAAGUUUCCAACCACCCUGCCUGUAACCAACAGUCACCAAACAUUUUCGAGUGGAUUCGGAUAGCGUUGAGAAUCUUCGAAUCACUUCGGGAAUCUUCGGAUAAAAUCGGAAAUCUUCGUGAAAUUCCGGGUACCUUCGGGAAUCUCCGUGUAUCUUCGGGAAUCACCGGGCACCUUCGGGAAUUUCCGGCCAAAUUCGGGAAUAUUCGCUUCGUGGGACUUCGGGAAUCUUCGUGGGACUUGAGGAGUGUUCUGGAGUGUUCGGGGAAGAGGAGCAGGUCUCGACCUGCCGCGGGCCUCGCCAUGCAGGAGGAGCAGCAGGGCGAGGCGGCCAAGGACGACGACGAGUACCGGCCGACGGUGCGGCUGUGCGAGGUGAAGCGCUCCGCCUCGGCGUCGUGCGGCUUCCACCUGUCGCGCACGCAGUGGGACCCGUACCCGUGGGUGAGCGGCGUGGAGGCGGGCUCGGCGGCCGAGGCGGCGGGGCUGCUGUCGGGCGACUGCGUGCUCGAGGUCAACGGCGAGGACGUGCUGGGCCUCAAGAUCUGCGACGUGGCGGAGAAGGUCAAGGCGCGCGCCGACCGCGUCUCGCUGCUGCUCUGGAACUCGGGCUCCGACCCGCAAGCCUCCGCCGGCAUCUCGUGGGCCGCUUCCUCCCCGCUGAGCCUCCAGCGGCUGUCCACCUGCCUGCAGUCGGCCAUCCAGCUGCUGGAGUGCCCCGUGUGCCUGGAGACGGCCUCGCCGCCCGCCUUCCAGUGCUGCAACGGCCACCUGCUGUGCGGCGCGUGCCGCGCGCGCUCCGACAAGUGCCCCGUGUGCCGCGCGCCGCUGGGGGCCCGCGGCCGCUGCCUGCUGGCCGACAAGCUGCACGCGCUCUUCGCCGCCACCUUCUCCGCGCGCCGGCCGCCCGCGCCGCAGCCGCCCUCCGAGCCCGCCGAGGCGCCGCAGCUCGCGCACUGCCCCUACCCCGCGUGCCGCCGCCGCCUGCCGCCCCCGGCGAUGCUGCGCCACCUCCGCGAGGGCCACGACGGGCCCCUGGUGCAGUUCUCGCCGCGCGGCGCCGCGCGCGUGCAGCUGCCCACGCCGCUCGACCCGCGCCAGCUGGUGGCCGUGUCGGCCUGCGGCGGCCUCGACUUCUUCGUCGCGAGCGAGGGCCGCCGCCUGUGGCUGUGGCUGCUGGGCGACCGCGAGCUGGCGGCUGGCUUCCGCGUGCAGGCCACGAGCUCGCGCGGGUCCACGGCGCAGGGCGCGGUCUACUCGCUGGCCGUGGCGCGCGAGGACGUGGUGGCCGGCGGAGACUGCGCCGAGCUGGAGGACGUCGCCUCGCCGGGCCGCGUGCAGCUGCAGCUGGUGAAGGUGGGCGCGCAGGCGUCGUAGCCCGCGUCUAGUGACGGUGCGCUUGCUGGUGCUACGUGGAAUCUGCUUCGAGCAACGGAGUUCCUACAAUGGCACGCGGACUGAGAUGGAGCUAUUCCGUUUACGAUGUUCCGUGCAACCGAUAGAAGCCGAGUAGGUACUUGGCUGCGAUGGUAGCCAUGUUUGUAUUUGUUGUAAACACGUUUAGAAUUUUUUAGGUACAAGGAUAUCUCGUGUUCUAUCAUUACUUUGUCGUUUAUUUUGUGUUAUAUAGGAUGUAAAUUAUGCCCCGUGCUAUGAUCUCGAAACGUAUUAAUAUAUUUUUUUUCAAUUAAAAUAAUAUUUCGUAAUCUUGAAUUGCAUUCGCAUUGGUUGCCCUUUGUUUACGUUUCCGUGCAUUGUGGAAACAGCAGACGCGAUACUGAAAUGUUCCUCCUGGAGAGCCGUCUCAGUUUACGUGAUCCGUCUCAGUUUGUUUCAAUGGAGAACGGGACUUAAACACAAGAGUGAAGCUAGGUUAAGAACUGGUGAUUUUUUUAAAACUAAUUUACGGGUAUGAUAUUAGAAAUAUAGGAAAUCAUUCCGUGACUUGAAUAUAUAUUUUUUAAUGUUAUUGUAAAGUAAUGAAACCUGUAAAAUAGCAUUAUAUCAUAAUGAAAUAAUUAUGCUUAAAAAUUGGAAAAACCAGAAUAUUCGUUUUACAUUUGUUAAAAUAUUCGUCCAAUAAUCUCCACACAGUCAUUUGUCCCUAGGCAUUAAUACUUUAUUAUAUUUAUUAAAAGACAAGUCAUGGCCGCUUCUCAAAACUGACGAAGAAGGAUCUUAAGGCAGAAAACAUUUGGUCAUUGGCUUCGUAUAUGUUGUGUAGGCGCUCAUUUGUUUCCGAAAUAUAUUUGUAUUAUGUAAAACUGCACGAUGUAUUAAUUUUACAAUUUUUACUUGUAAUAAUACAUAAUGGGCUGUCAAACGUAAUAUUUAGCUAAUAUUUAGCACAUAUUGAAUCUCUGUUUUUUCGAGUCUUAAAAUUGUGACCUUACUUUUAGAACUGUAUUUUACAAUAACAAUAACAUAUUUUACAAUCUUCUGUGAUUCACACAUUCUGUCCUGUAAUUAAAGUGCAUGUGACAUUUUCACAGAAGAUGCUUCAUUACCAACUAAUGUAUAAUUUUGCAAUAAAUUUGUGUUUUAUAGCUUGUGACAGCAUAAAAUUGCGAUUGUGACAGUUAGUCAAUAUUUUUCAACGACAGUUCUCGUUUGUUAUUGGAAAUAUUACCGAAAUGGACGGUAAUUCUUCUCAAAAUAAUUCUAUUAAAUUUUAGGUUUAGGUUUCCAAAACAAUUUUUUAUAGUUAUAUAAACUAGUUAGAGUAUACAUGUUUCAGUUGUUUUUAUUUGUUUUUUAUUUGUAAAUAAUGUUAGGAUUGGCGAAUAAAAGAAUGAUUCUUUUAUGAAUGUUUUGAUUACACCGCCAAAAGGUUUUUAUAUAGGUACGUAUCCAAUAGGUUUUGAAUUAUUUUCGUUUGUUUUAUAAAAUUAUUUUGCUAAAGGAAUUUCUCAGUGUACAUAAUGAUAUCAUUACAUUCAAAACCACUAUGUCAGUACACAAAAAAAUCAUUUAAUUGACUAACAAAUUGAAACUACAAAUUUCAAAUGAGUUUACAAUUAUAUACAUUUGUUUAUGAGAAUGUUACUAGACGCUGGCUGUUAUAAUGUCUCUGUCAUUUUGAUUGACAUUUCAGUCAUCAACUUUAUGUUAGCAGUUUCCCUUUUUAAAUAAAAUAUUUGAAUAUAUGAUCAGAAUAAAGAUGACCGGAGAAGAGAAAUGACCAGAAGAGGGUUUUCUCAGUUUGUCUCCUUGUUUUCUGUCCGUGUUUGAAGAAUGUAUUUAUAUGGCGUUUAAAAUGGACCUUUACUUGUUACUUGACAUACUGACUGUGAAAUUUAUUUAUUAUAUUUUUAGUUCUGUGCUAUUUCCAUGAAAUAUACUUGUACAAAUAUUAGUAGAUCUUCAUGUUUGUAGUCGCUGAUGUGUUAUUUUUCCCCACGGAGAUGAUUUGUUAGUCAGUUUGUCCUGUGUAUAAUUCUUUAACGUGAGAUUCUGUGCAGUAUAGUGUAGUUUUCACCUCGACUUAUCUUUCAAUGAUCACUUCGUGAUCCUUUCAGUCUUAUUCGUGGGUUUUGAAACUGUCUGUACCUAACACCUCACGCCUUUUGAGAAUAUGGACAUUAAGGUGUUGUUAGAAAAAGGUUAGAUUUGAGAGGGGGAUAUAAAGAUGUAUAUAUGUUUAAUUCUUUAGUCACGAUAGCACAACGAACGCGACAGCCAAAUAUCACGUUAUUGUGAACAUGCUACAAAGAAAAAUAAAAGAUUAUGUAUAAACGUUACACAUGCAACACACAUAAGACAGCCAUCAACGUUUAGACUUUUUUUAUAAACAUGUUUGAGAGGAAUUCGUUUAUUCUGUGCGUGUAACUUUAAAAGAUUCCACAAACGAUUUUAGUAAACAAAACCUUCAAAAAAUAUGAAUAAUAAUGUUACAAAAUCACCAGUAUAACUAUCAUUUAACUAUCAUUCUGACACGCAUUUUAGUAACACCAUGCUGUUUACGCGAUAGGAAUGGAAAAUCUUUCUAAUCGGGAAGACUGUCGCGCCAGUGAAUUUUGUCGCACUGACGUAACAGAUGUUUGGAACGUGAUUGGGCAGGAAAUUAUUUUAUCACGUCGUGCCCACCGCGCUAUUGUUAUUUCUGCAUUUUUAUCAUUCGCUUGAAAGUAAGUAGUCACCUGUAUCGUCUUUUCCUCUACUUGAUCAUACUUGAUCAUCAGAGUGGAUGUUUGUGGGUUGGCUUUCUGUAAACACUGUGGAUAAUGUGAUCAUGUUCCAUUCCUCGUCACCAACGCAUCCAGAUAGGGGAGGGUCUUUUUUGUUUUAAACUAUUUCUGUUUACAUUUAUUUACCACGGCUAGUAUUAUUCCAGACUGAAGGACACAUUAGCAACAAAUUCAAACACGAAAAAUUUACACCAAGACAAAACAGAGGAUUGCAUUAAAACUAACCCAGCAUUGGAUUUGACAAAUUUAAUACCAUGAUUAAUAUAUCAAAAUACAAGCUAAAAAUACAUUUAAAAAGCAACAGAUAUGUUGACGCGCCUUUUUAGCACGAACAGAGUUGAAUUAUAUGCUUUCAGUACUUUUACUCAAAUGCUUCCCAAUGAGCACACCACAAAAUCGUUUCUGUUUGGCAUGACUGUCUGGCUCACUCAAAUCCUGCUCCAGUCUGAUUGGGAUAAAAAUUUUAAAUCGGGAUUCUUCUGUAAGUUCAAUCCGCAUAGAAGUGUUAAAAUAAACGAAGAAACGGAUUAGUCAUGUAAAAAAUAUUGGGCAUGAAAGAACGAAUGAGCUGAGAUAGUAAGAGCGUUGGAGAGUCGAUGAAGUGGAAGCGGAAAAGAACAUGGGUAAUGCAAUUUAAAGCAUCCUCGCCGUGGCUUAGUGCACAUGCACACUGAAUGUAUAUAAUGUAUACAUAUGUGUGUGUGUGUGUUUUAAUUUUAUUGGGCCCAUCAAGCUAUUCUACAACUCAAAUUUAACGUAAGAAAAGAAGUCUGGUAGGUUUCAGACGGGGAUACAUACGUGAUGUUUCCGUUUUUUUUUUCCACAAGGGAAUCAAACUGUUUGGAGACUAGAACACACUACACCUAGCGCACCCAAACAGGGAUUAGAUCUAGGCGGUGCACCGGGAUGUGCAAUUUAUUGGUAACAAUCUGUACCGUAGAUGUUUAGGAGCGCGUGACGUGACGGGUCCGCCGCGUUGCGCGCGCAAUGGUCCGAGGCGACGGACGGGGCCGGACGCGGAAGAACGGGUCGCAAGGGUGAAAGUGUUGCGUCACAGUGAAAGCAGCCAGUGGUUAGUUUCUGCCCCAAUCCCCCCCCCUCCCUCUCCGAUCGUCCUUGUUAUCCCUCGUCCACAAACCCGGCCGCGGACCGCCGCGCCGUCUGGUCGAUGGGUUGCGACACCAGAGCGCGCUCAGCCGCUCUCUGCUCCCUGGCCCCACGAUGCAUGGUGUGAUCAGUCCUUCCGUGCAAGUUUUUUUUUGUGUGUGUGUUAACAUCUUCAUUCAAUCAUAGAACAAUGCGACCAAUUUCGAACGUAUCACAUAAAAAAAGGCGAACUGAUAAUUGUAAUGAUAUUUUUAAAGAUUUAGACCCUUUCACAAAGGGCAAAAAUCUCAAUGAAUGACAUUUUGAAUUCUUAAUUUUCUUGCAGUUAAGAUAACUUCUGAUGUAAAUAAUGUAUUAUUGUUAUUUCAUUGAUAAGAAUUAAUUUAAAAUUGACAAAUUUAGUUAUUAUAAUUUUUUAAGUGUCUUUUAUGUUUGUGUUGUCCCAUUUUUACUGUUGUGUUUAUCAUUAUGUUUUGUGUAUGUUAUUGUUAUUUCUUUAUGUAAUAUUUGUUAAGUGCCCACCUGUUAAAGGCUUUGACUGUUGGUAGGCACUCAAAUAAUAAUAAUAAUAAAUAAAAUAAAUAAAAA